AUGAGUUCUUCACCGGUCACCCUCGUGCGAAAGAUAAAUCCAAAUGCUGCCCUUGACCUCCAAACCGAUAAAAUUAGGUUACCUAUUCCCGGUGAGCGGAACAUAUUAAUCACUAGCGCUCUACCCUAUGUUAAUAAUGUACCUCAUUUGGGAAAUGUUAUUGGAAGUGUUUUAAGCGCUGACGUAUUUGCCAGAUAUUCGCGUGCUCGUAAUUAUAACACGUUAUAUAUCUGUGGUACCGAUGAAUAUGGAACUGCUACAGAAACAAAGGCUCAGGAAGAAGGAAUCUCUUGUAAAGAACUUUGUGACAAAUACUAUUCACUUCACGCAAAAAUUUACAAGUGGUUCGAUAUAGGCUUCGAUUAUUUUGGCCGAACUACAACCCAGCAGCAAACUGAUAUCGCUCAGGACAUCUUUUUAAAGUUGUACAAAAAUGGCUACCUUAAUGAAGAUAUCGUGAUUCAAUUAUUCUGCGAAAAAUGUCAACGGUUUCUUGCGGAUCGUUUCGUAGAAGGAACCUGUCCCAAAUGUAGCUAUGAGGAUGCUCGAGGAGAUCAAUGUGAUCAUUGUGGUCAACUUCUCAACUCUAUAGAACUUAUAAAUCCACGAUGUAAAACGGAUGGUAGUACACCUAUUACAAGGAAAUCGAGUCAUAUGUUUUUAGAUUUGUCAAAAUUGCAACAAAAAGUUGAAAAUUGGAUAGAAAAGGCUAGUGUUGAGGGUAAAUGGUCAGCUAAUAGCAAAACUAUUACUCAAUCUUGGCUUAAAGAAGGGUUAAAACCUCGCUGUAUUACACGUGAUCUUAGCUGGGGCACCCCAGUGCCACUUGAAGAAAUGAAACAAAAGGUGUUUUAUGUUUGGUUCGAUGCUCCUAUUGGUUACUUUUCUAUAACGGCAAACUACACGAAUGAAUGGGAAAAAUGGUGGAAGAAUCCAGAUCAGGUCAAAUUAUAUCAAUUUAUGGGAAAAGAUAAUGUUCCUUUCCAUACUGUUAUGUUUCCUUGUUCAUUAUUGGGUACGGACGAUGAAUGGACCUUGUUGCAUCAUAUAAGUACUACCGAAUAUCUUAAUUAUGAAAAUGCAAAGUUUUCCAAAUCUCGCGGUAUUGGAGUAUUUGGUGACGAUGCGAUAGACACUGGAAUACCUGUUGCUGUCUGGAGAUAUUAUUUGAUUUCAAGUCGCCCAGAAACAAAUGAUUCUACAUUCACUUGGAAAGAAUUUAUUGCCAAGAACAAUAACGAAUUGUUGGCUAACCUUGGAAACUUUGUCAACCGUGUCAUUAAAUUUGUCACUGCUAAGUUUAAUAGCACUAUUCCAUCUUUCUCUUAUGACUCCGAAUCUGAACAAGAGCUCAUAAAGAACAUCAAUAACUUGUUAACGAAUUAUAUUGAUGCGCUAGAAAAUAUCAAAUUACGUGCUGGUCUCGAAACAGCUAUGGAGAUUUCACGACAGGGUAAUGGUUACCUACAGGAUUCCAAACUCGAUAACGCUUUGUUUGAAAACAAACCUGAGAAAUGCGCUUCGGUCAUUGGUAUUUCGGUAAAUUUGAUUUAUCUCCUUUCUGCCGUAUUUAGUCCAUAUAUGCCAUCCGUCAGUGAGUCUAUUGUCCGUCAAUUGAAUGCACCACUGAGGAAAAUUCCUGAUACGUUUACAAUGGAUAUUGAACCUGGCCACCAAAUUGGUAAAGCCGAAUAUCUCUUCAAGAGGAUUGAUGAAAAAAUGGGUGAAGAAUAUGUUAAUAGGUUUGCUG